AUGCCUGGACGUCGCUGCGCUGGGGACGAUUUUAUGGACAAGCCACAGCAAGCCCCUUCCGCCGCCUGUUCUUCCUCUUCUUCCCCCUCCUCAUCUUCCUCCACCACCACCCGCAGGAGGAACGAAUUAUUUAGUAUGAUCAAGGUAUGCAACUCUGGGCUCUUCCUUCGCGAGACUGAAAAUUGUCCCUGCCUUCUCUCUUCUCUUCCGGAGUUGACUUCCCCAAGACUAGCGGUAAAGCUGGCACUGGUUGUUCUGCAGCUCGCAAAAUCCAACUCUCUUCCCUAUCACCUUUCUUAUUCUCCGUUCCUCGUCAGAAGUUAAUUUUGGGGUUGCUGGCGAUUCCAUAGAUUGAUGUGUCAAUAAUCUUUCUCUUGCUCUGUCUCUAUAGCCAUCCAUCCAUUUAUCAAUAUCUCUCUCUUUCUCGCUCCCGAUCUUUCAUCUCCCACUGACCGACCUUCUUUCCCCCGAUCUUCUCUAGUCAGAUGGAUAGAUGACCUCGUUGGCCGAUCGGUGGCCGCCUCAAUGUUUCUUUGCCUUUCUCUGUACGCAGUUAAUUGCCAUUCCUGUUGCUCAUGCCAUCUGUUAUAUGAUCGUCUUGGUUUGCAACUCCUAAAUGUCUCGGUUUGCAACUUACACGAUUUCCAUCUAUCUUGCGUGGAGAAGGCUGCCGCUUGCCUCAUCUCGUCAUCGGCUGAGGACACCGCAGGAAAAGGGCGGAGCAAGAAGUCAAGUAACAAAUGGGCACAUGGUUACCACUUAGUCAAAGGUCAGUCGGGCCACGACAUGGAGGAUUACCACGUUGCAGAGCACCGGUACGAGAGGGGUCAUGAGCUCGGCCUCUACGCCAUCUUUGAUGGGCACCUUGGCGACAGCGUCCCCAGUUACCUCAAGGGCAAUCUCUUCACCAACAUACUGAAGGAGGUCAGUGACGGAUUCGCUUAUUCAGCUGCUUCUUCUUGUGUAGACUUCAUAUCGUUGAUUGCCGACUGAGGACAUGUCAACUUUACUUAUUUUUAGUUGCCAAGGUGGUUCACUUACUUGCCAUGGUUGUUGUUUUCGGAGCAGCCAAUUUUUUGGAGGGACCCUGAGGCAGCCAUAAGGAAUGCUUAUCAGUCGACCGAUCAAUUCAUCCUCGAAAAUGCAGCAAGGUUGGGACCAGGGGGUUCGACGGCGGUCACAGCAAUAGUCAUCGAUGGUCGAGACUUGUGGAUAGCCAACGUGGGUGACUCCAGGGCUGUUGUCUGCAAGCAAGGUGCUGCCCAACAGCUCUCCGUGGAUCAUGAGCCGGACAUGGAGCGUAAAAGGAUUGAGAAGCAAGGAGGCUUUGUCACAAUUCUCCCUGGUAGAGGCCUAACCACAGGACUGUAUUCAUAUUUAUUAGGAUACACCAAGCCCCGUCCCUUGCUUGAUGUUAUUUCAUUUUGGUUGUUUCACCAUUUUGUUUGCUUCCUCUGGAUGAACGUAUUCAUCACCCACAUAUUUUCUCCCGUGAUCCCAGGGGAUGUCCCUCGUGUCAACGGUCAACUUGCAGUUGCUCGUGCAUUUGGUGAUCAGAGUCUUAAGGCGCACUUGAGCUCAGAACCUGAUGUUAAGCAUGUACCGCUAGACCGGACAACGGAGUUUGUCAUAUUGGCAAGUGAUGGCUUAUGGAAGGUCUGUCUAUAUUUUCUUCAGUGACCUCAUGUUGGGUGUUUCUCUCGUGUGGACUGUCUCUCUUAGUUGAUUUUACUAUCUUCGUUUCCAGAUCCUGAUAUGCUAUUUUUUCGAUUCAAAAAUUAGGGGAAAAAAUAUUUCCAAUCGUCCACUGCUGUACUCUCGUUGUUUAUUCAUUUUCGUUUCUGCUCAGUGUCUCUGUUUAUUCAUGUUUUGUUUCUACUAUUUUUCAUUUCCAAUUCCACCAAGCAGGUGAACAAGUGAAAAUAAAAAUUCCAACUCUCUGUUCUUUUUAGCGGUAUAUCCCAUCCCUAUUGUGAAGAGUCAACAUCAUGGUAUUCCUCUGGUUAGUCAAGGAACUGAGAAAUUAAUCGAUGCUUCUGUUUGAAGAGUUGAGAAAAGAGAACGAAAUUUUCACACAAGGUGGUGACACAACGGUAAUGCCAUUCGUGAUAUUUCUUUGGUUACCCCGUGAGGGAAUAGUGGAGGAAGAGCAAUGAAGAAGUUUGUGCUGAAUAAUAUGCUAGAUAUUUGAGCAUCAACCCCUCCGAAUUCCCGAUGGAUAUGAGUUAAAAUAGCUAAUCUUGAAAAGCUGGCCGGUACAUUAUUUAAGUAAAUGGUUUGAGGCUCUGGAUCCCAACUUUGGACAUGGUUGGUUUUAGAUGUUAUCCUCCCUUACUUGGGUGGCCAAAUGAGACGGUUGAAAUUAAUGUGCAUGAGACGAGGGAACUGCGCUCUCCACGUUAUGCCCGGUUCUAGUUAAUGAUUGGGGAAGGAAAAUCUUGAAAAAAACAAGGAAUAAAGGAAUUCUGAGAAGUGUUGAGGGGUGUGCUAAGGGAUAGAGAGAUUUUCCUGAAGUUGGUGCAGCGAAUGCUGAAUGAAUAUGCUAUUUUGGAACUGUGUGUGUAUCCUUUGUGUGUUGUCUCAGGUCGUGUUAUCCUAAUUCUUGAUUAUCAGCUUAAGGAGCACCUUUCCUUUCCCUUGAUUAUCAGGUUAAAGGCGAUGCUUCUUUUUUUUUCCAGUCCUCCUUUUGUAAAUGGAAAAAAGUUCUAGUGAGGUACUCUGACUAACUCCUCCUAAAGGAAAAGUUCUAUUUGUCAAGUUAAAAUUUUCUUUCUGCUGCAAAUCUUCUCUGAACAAAUUUGCUGUUUUUUACACUGGGCCAUUAUUUCAUAUCUUCCUCUCUUCUGGUUUUUUUUUCCUGCCCCCUUCCUCUGGUCAGUUGCAUAUACAGAUGAUAAAUGACCAAGCAUAGUCUAUUUAUCCUGGCCAAAAUCUCCUGCUGUUAGUACCCAACAACGAUGGGCAUACUAGCAGCCACUAACUUCGUCUGACACUUCCAGUUUACCGACUUCUACUUUCAGCUGUUCAGCAUGCUGUGUGAGUGUUUAUAAAACACAGAAAAACCAUUUUCAGGCAGGUGUUGUGGGAUAGUUAAGAUGAUUCAGUACUCUGAUUUGGAUCCUAACUCUUUGCUGAUAUUCAAAAACCUAAACCAUCCUGAUGCUUGUUGAUUUGCAUUAAAAGGUGACUAUGGUGUACAUCAACACUCCGAUGGUUAACACGAUGGUUGACCAACGACUCUCCACCAAAUUCGAAAGCUACUUACUUACUAUAAACGAUCAUCCCGAGAACACCAUAGACCUGAUCGGGCCCAACAGACCCUCCUGAACCAAUCUAAGCCACGGCAUCUGAUUUGAGCCUGCUGUAUUUUCAAAAGUGAAGGUGUGUUGGAAGAGAGAUGUGCCGAUGAUCAUGGAUCUUAUUUCCCAUCCAUUAAUGUGUCACCAUCGAAGUCCAACCGUUGCAAGUGUACAUGCAUUUUGGAAUGGGAUCCUCUUAUUUUGCUUCCACCAAUAUAUGUGGUGUGCUCUCGGUCAUUGAUUACCGGAGGUUUUGUUUUGGAAUCCCUUUGGAGUAAAAUUUAUUUGAUAUUAUUCUAUUAUCGUUCUUCUAAUGUUGUUUUUCUGCCAAGAUAUUGCACUUUAUGGAUAACUGCUGCCCUUAACUUCCAAAACCUUUGAUAUUUCUAAACUACUGCCAUUGCAGGCGUCGCAUUAGCUAUAGCAACCAGAUUCUUCUUGAUGGGUUGUUGUAGAGUUAGCCAAGCCUUUUCGUGCUUUCAAUUCGAACGAGUCUCCUUUUAGAGACGGUCCUGAAACAAGAGUUGUAGGCACCUUGUGCGACAACUAAUGAAACAAAGGUUGCGGCAAGCUUGCUUGCUGAUGUUAUCAUCAAAUCAGGCUGAUGUGCAUGUCUGGAGAAGUAGUGUUGUCUAUGCAGAGAUAUCUGAGGAAAGAAGUACGGAUGAGUGCUCAAAUAUGUCCCCUACCCCAGUAGGCUACUAAUGUAGGCUCGCCUGGCUAGAUGAAAUCGUCCGUUUUUCUCCUUUUUCCAGGACGAACGGGAAUUUCAAGCGCUCUGAUUUCGCCGUCAUAUCCUCCUGAUUUAUGACAACAUUUGUGCCUGUGCUAUAGUUAUUGGUCACUGAAGGGGACUGCAUGUGACGGCGUAAGGGUGCUCCUUUUGUUUGGCAGGUUAUGAAGAACCAGGAAGCUGUUGAUAUAGUGAAAUCCGUCAAGGAUCCACGAGCCGCGGCCAAGCGCUUGACCACGGAGGCAUUGGCAAGGAAGAGCAAGGACGACAUCUCUUGUAUCGUCAUUCGCUUCCGGUAG